AUGAUAAUUCCAGUUCUUUUUGUAAAAUUCCAAGGAGAAGCAGCAGAUCAGCACUUGGAAAUUAGUGACUUCUGCAUCAUCAUAAUGACAAAUGUUCAAAAGCAUAUGCUUUUAAAGUUUGGAUCCGAUAGCAUAUGCAUCGAUAGCACACAUGGGACUAAUGCUUACGAUUUUCAAUUAUCGACAGUUUUAGUCAUAGACGAGUUUAAUUCAGGAUUUCCUGCUGCUUUUUGCCUAAGCAAUAGAGUAAAUUUAGGUUCAAUGCAAAAAUUUUUUCAGUGUAUUAGGGACAAAGUUGGACUGCUGUCUGUAAACUGCUUUAUGAGUGAUGAUGCACCAGUAUAUUAUACUGCAUGGACAUCAGUAAUGUGUGAUGCCAAAUUUAGGAUUCUAUGCACCUGGCACGUUAAAAAGGCAUGGCUGCAAGCAGCAAAUUCAAUUAUCCCCUCAAAGCGAAAGGAAGUUUUGAAAUUUUUAAAUGUAGUAUCUGAAUGUCAUGAUAUAAAAGAAUUUGAAGCACUGAUAUCUGAUUUCCUCAGCAAACUCUUUGCUGAUAGAGAUACAGACAAGUUUGCUAAUUAUUUUGCUUCAAAUUAUGCAAACAGAUGCGAGUUGUGGGCUAAAUGUUAUAGAAAAAGAUGUAACAUCACAACAACUAACAAUCAUCUUGAAGCACUGCAUCGAGUUUUAAAAUAUUCUUAUCUUGAUGGAUUGAAAAACAAGAGGGUUGAUAGGUGCAUUGCGAAGCUUAUUAAUAUGGUGCAAGAUAAAUGGUUCCAGAGAUUUAUCAAAACAACAAAAGGGCCAAACACAUCAAAGAUCAACCAAACAAAUUUACGACACAACAGAGCAAUAAAUUUUCCAGCUAAUAAUAUCACAGAAAUCAAUGAGUUUUCUUGGCAUGUGAUUUCAGAAAGUGACCCUACUCUUGAAUAUACUGUUACUCAAAUACAUACACAAUGCAUUAAUUGUAACAUUGUUUGUAAAUGGUGCAAAAUUUGUAACGAUGCAUUUGUAUGCACAUGCACAGAUGCCACGAUUAAAGGAAGUGUCUGUAAACAUAUACAUGCAAUAAUUUUAAAGACAAGAUUACUUAAUAGAGAACAGUCAGCUAAAACUAAAGAAUCAAAUGAUGUAAAACCCUCUUUCUUGAUCUAUCAGCACAAAAAUUAA